AUGGCUAUUAAGGCCCGGUUCCACGAAGAUGUUUCUUAUGCUCCCAAGGGGCGAGAUGAGAUUCUCGACUUACGACAACGAAGGGGGAGAUUCUCCUCACCGUUGGAUGGGAUCAGGGGAGAAAGACACUCUCGUCGACAAAGACGAGGUAAUGACGAGGAAAUUGAGGAAGAGAUCGAAAUUGAUAUCGAGCGUGACAGGCAUGCGGGACAGCACAGAACAUUAAAACAUCAUAGCCACCCCCGAGGAUCACUAGGAUCGCCAUCCAGAGUCGUGGAGAGCGACGAGCUUGUUAUUCGCCGGGAUGAAAGUCCUGGAUGGAAGAGAGUGGAAAGGAAUGACUUAUUUGUGGGACUAGAGCGAGGUAGCGAUGUCUCUUCAGAGGAUUCGUUCGAAACAGAGCUCGUUCCGGUUCGACAUCGACCGUCUCAUUCACAUGAAGAGAUCAUUGGAUAUCAUAAACAUGGUAGGCGUGGGCACGCACCUUUGCAUAGGAGAGCGACGCCCAAAAGAGUGGAUAUAGAAGAAAUUGAAAUGAGAAGGCGCAAUAGACACCACAGAGAUCAUGAAGAUGAGACCAUUCUUGAGGUUGACGUUGAUAUCCACAAGGAGUCGGAUGAUAGGCACCAUAGGGGACGAAAACAUGACCCUUUGGUAAUGAGGCCGCGCGAGUUAAUACCUUCUCACAUUCGAGAGGAAGAUGAACAGCAUGGCAACUACAUCCCAGGAAGGCUGUCAAUGGAUGAAGUAUGUAGAAAUACAUCUGCAGAUUGGCACAUAUUGGAUGCGCCUCCUGAGACACGACCGGCUGGCACAGAUAGACUUGGUGUAUGCGAGGAGACCUCAUGGAGUAAACGUAACCGCAUCCGCAGGUCAAGUUAUCUUCCCGAUACGUAUGACGGAGAGGUCCAUGGGACCGUUGCAAAACGGUAUGUGGGCGUUAAGGAAAAGCGUGAGGAGCUCUGGACAGAGAUCACCAAGGAUCUUGUUGUGAAGGAAGCUAUCGAGAUGGCAGGGUAUGAAUACGAAGAAACCGUAGACUUCUUCUAUAUCUUCUCAAAUUUGCAAUAUGAUGAUGUGGCAGAGUUGGUAAAAUUCUCUGAAGAGUACCGCCAACGACGUCGAGAGAGAGUCCUGGAAAUUCAGCGAGAGGGAGCAAUGACACAGCCUCUGCCUCUUCCACUUCCACAGCCUAGAAUGAUCUUGGAGAAAGGGACUUCUAGAGCGACGUGGGAUGAAGAGCGAGUCCAUGAGACUGAAAUUCUUAUCGACGAAAGUCGAAAGUCACGACGCCGCUCCCCAAUACUUAGAGAGCGCAUUGUUUGA